AUGAAAGAUGUUGCAUUAAAGGAGCUUCUUCAAGGUGCUAAAUUUUCCCAUGAAUUUCCAGAAGUUAUAGUGUUCCUUCCAAUUUCAAUAGAAGUGGUUCAUUUAUUAAAUCAAUAUCCCAAAAACAAUAAAGAUGAUGAGGAGGAUGAGUUCAAAGAUGAUUAUCCUAAAAAUGAAUACAUGGAAAUAGAUAUUCAAAGCCAGACCAAAGAUGUUGAUUCUGGUUUAGAUGAAUUUUUGGAUAUUUACAAAUUUAAACAUAAAGUUGGCCCACAGAAUACAAAUAAAGUUUAUGUUAAUGCAGCAGAGUCAAAAAGUGGGAUGAUCACAGCUAUAAAUUCACUGAAGCUCAAUUCUGCUAUUUUAAAAACUGAAUAUAAAAGGUAUGACUUUGAUCUUAUAGUUUUAUUGACUCAUUUUCAACUUAAUAAUAAAUCAUUGUAUCUUAAAAGGUUUGAUACGAUAAAAUCAUGCAAGAACAUUGCAUUGGUUGAUGGUUACAAUUUUAAAGAGUUUUAUGGUUAUACAUAUGCAGAUCGGGAAGAAUUUAUAGCAUCAAACAAAACAAUUAAUGUGAAUACAGCAACACCUGAAAUACUUAAAACUCUUGGCAUUAAACCAGAACAAGGUCGAAAAUUACAUAAAUAA